CAAACAGCAACGCUUGCCAUGGCUACUGCCGGCGGCCGUGAGGAUGCAGAAGUGGACGAAGUAUUGGAGUGGAUUCCGGAGCGUAGAGGGGAAGUACUUCCAAUUCUUGCUGUGACUUCAGCAAACUACAAACAGGUGUUUUCCUUUUGGGAGUCGUCUCUGAGAACCCUUGGCUAUCCCAGGCACAAGAUUCACGUGGUGGACCUGGGGGAGUUGCCCGGGCCUCAUGGCUACUGCACCGACUCUUGGCGCUUUGCCAUUGACCGGCAACUUCAAGAGGUUGUAAGCUGGAUCGGGAAUCAUUUCGACGAGUACUUUAUUCACACGGACACGGACAUUCAAUUCUUCCCACACUUCAUGCAUUUGCAAUGUGAGUGGCUUAAAUGGAUGAAGGAGGAAGGCCUAGACAUGAUCUUUAUGCGGGAGCGGACGGAGGUGAUUCCGGAUCUUCGAUGUGGGGAGGUAAACGCAGGCUUUUGCCUGCUGCAUUGCAAUUCCCGCACCAGGUGUUUCUGGCAGAAAGUUUUGCAGGAGGAACAGGCAUUUCCCAAGAUGGAUGGAUAUCCGCCUUAUACAGAUCAGUUCCAUUUGAACCGUGGUCUUCAGCAUCGGCUUGGUGCUUUUCCACAGGAAGGAGCUUUUGGUGUGCGAUGGGCGACUAUUCCAGACUUUCAGUGCAUUUGGGGGAUGCCUUCUGACGAGGUUAACUCUGCUGCUUUUCAUCAUGCAGUGAAUACACAGGACAAAGUGGCAUUGCUGAGGUCGGUGCGGGAGAAGGUCCGUUUGCAACAACCUUUGGUGGCGAGGGGCUUGAGCGGCUUGAGCGGCAUCGAGCUGCAGGAGCAGAUUCAUCGGCUAGCUGAUGCCGUUGCAGGCCUUCGUGGUUCAAAGCAACAGUGGAAUCCAAGUGACGUGAAGGCGAUUCGGCGGCUGUUGCAAGAAGUUGAGGACAAGCUGCUUUGAAAGCUGCACCUGGGGAUCUUUCAACUUGAGUUGCCUGUGAUGUUGCUUAGAGUAGAUAGGAACCUCGAUAGUCCGUUUAUAUGCGGAACUGAGAGUUUCUUUGAUGUCAGUCAAGGAUACUUACAUGAUAUCCAAGCAUAUGAUUGACAACAACAUUCAUACAUAUUUCACAUGUCCAUCUCUCUUUUGGUAUUGAUUUCUUCAACUUCCGUCAGAUGUUGUAACUUCGUAGCGAAGGCUCUGGCAGAGGCUGUGCUGCCUGGCUCGGUGUGUGCCGAUUGCGGUUUCAAAACUCACUGGAGGCGCCUGAGGUGCCAGAUGAAUCGCAUAGCGACAGCGGUUGCCAAGCAGUUCUUUGCUCACUAUUUAUAGGUUCAUGAUAGCAAUUUCCUCAUAUCUUAAAUUGAUAUAUAUAUAUAUAAACAACACGAGACUCAGCAGAAGACUCAACCAGAAAGGAGGACUCAGAACCAAACUUCAAAAACAAGAACUAAAUGGAAAAACCAACAAAUCUACUGUACAUUGAUUGUUCUUAUUUGGUUUUUCUUUGAGUCUGGACUUGUUUUCUUAUUUUGUAUGGAUUUGUUUAUGUAUGUUUUUCUUUGUCCUUUUCUUGAGUGUCAGUUUGUUUUUGUUUUGUUGUUCUUUCUUUUUUAGAGUCUCUCCUUUUUGG